AAUUCCCAUUUCCCUCCAAAAAAUGAGCAAAUAUGGAGAUAAUUAUGGCUCCUCCACUUCCCUCAAAAUUCUAAAAUCCACAGUGUAUGUAUAAUGUAUGCAUAUGCAUUCACGCACUGUUCAAAAGCCCUCGACGGAGGCCGAGUUUGAUCCUGUCACCUCUGCGCUUUUCCUAUUGAAUCAUCAUUUUAUCCAGGUGAGUUUCCCCCUACGUGUAUCUGAGUUGAUUUCAACUUACUAUUUUGAUGCAUAGUCGACUGAUCGAAGCACCAUUUGCUCCGUAUCGGGCUUUGCUGUUGUAAUCGUCGAUUCUCGCUGAAUGUAUCGCGAAAUUUUGUUAUAAUGAUUCGCGGCGAGCAUUGGGUAGUCAGUAUUUGAAUGUAUGCGUAUUUGCAUUACCCUAUGAACGUUUCCGUGCUGCUUUUGAUGUUUCAGAACUUUUCCUGUUCUUAGGUUAUCGAUUACGAGCGAGAAGAAAGAUUUGAUGGAGGUGGAGGAGUUGUUUACGGUUCCUGCUGCUGCUGAUGAUGAUGAUGAUGAUAUUGUGGUGCCUGAGAGUCCCGUUUCAGAAGUUGAGGAGGUGAAUUUUGGGACUGAUUCUGAGCCACAUUGCAUUAAGAACACAAGCAGUGAAGUUGCAGAUGAGUGUGUGGAUAUUGUGCCGGAUUCUGAUGAUGAAGGAAUCCAUGGAACUGAAAAAGUUGGAAUUCUGGAUGAGAUGUGGCCUGGCAAAGGUGGAAGGUGUGUAGGCAAGAGAAGAUAUGCUCCUGGCAAGCAUUCAUAUGAAGGAUAUCUAAGGAGGCUGAGACAUCCUUUACGGCGUCGGAACAUUGGGGAAGAUACUUCAACCAGAGAUUCACUUACUGAGAAAAAUGUUUCAUCACAUAAGUGCGAGGAACUUAACAAGUUUAACUGCAUUGAAUCUCAAGAACCUGGACACUCUUCAGAAGCUGAUGCUCUGAACUUUGUGGAUCUUUAUCUAUCAAGUGGUGGUGAUGCAAAUGCAUUUCAUCAUGUUGAAACUGGAGUGCUUGAUAGGUCAACAUCAUCUUGCAUUUUGCACCCAAAUGGACCUCAAAAUUUGGCAAGGAUAAAGAGCCGCACAAGCAUAGCUAAGACGCUAGAAGUCUUUGACUGGUCUGAAAAUUUAAGUGAUGAAGAAGAAAAUUGUUUUGUGGUGAACAGAAGGAAAUUGAAAAUGGAGUGUGAAGGCAAUGAACCGGGGAAUAUCAGCAAGCAUCGGAGUGUUGAAAGCCUAGACAUUAAGAAGGAGAAAGCAUUGGGUAACUUUUGCCCAUUGAACACUGUGAAAGGAAGGUUAAAUUCAAAUAAAAUGGAGCCAAAGUUUCAGGUGGAGGAUGAGAUUGGCAAGGGUGAAUCCAGUUUUGAAAAAGCUAUGGAUACUAAUUUUGUGAAUGAGUUGGAUAAAGAGGUUAUUUUAAAUUCACCUCAGAAACUUUUGGAAGAUGAACAAAGUAAAUUGGAUGCAGUAUGUACAUAUGAUGUUGGCUUUGACACCCAGGUUGCUGCUGAGGCCAUGGAAGCCUUGUUUUAUGCUGCUCCUCUCAAUUUGGAUCCUUUUUGUAAACAUCAGAGUCCACAAAAAACACUCCAAUUCUCUGGUGAUCCCUCAAACAGUGUAUCAUUAGUAGAUCAUUGUAAUUGGGUUUCUUCUAAUUCUGAAGGCACUGGACAUCAAUUGAUGCAGUCUGCCAGAAAGUUGUGUGAUAGUAUCCCUGGUAACUUUGAAACACCACAGGAAGACAAAAGAGUGUUGGAAUCCGAACUACUACGAAGGGAAAUAUGCAUGCCAUUUUCUGGAAAGCUUCCCACAAAGAAAAGAACAGGCAGAAGAUCUUUGAGAAAUACCAUCCAGCAUAAGAGUCCUCAAAAAACACUCCAAUUCUCCGGUGAUCCCUCAAACAGUGUAUCAGUAGAUCAUUGUAAUGGGGCUUCUACUAAUUCUGAAGGUACUGGACAACAAUUGAUGCAGUCUGCCAAAAAGUUGUAUGGUAAUAUCCCUGGUAACUUUGAAACACCACAGGAAGAUGAAAGAGUGUUGGAGUCUGAACUACUACCCAGGGAAAUAGGCAUGCCAUUUUCUGGAAAGCUUCCUACAAAGAAAAGAACAGUCAGAAGAUAUUUAAGAAACACCAUCCAACAUAAAGAAUUAUAUAAUGAGAAAUCCUUCUCAAGACAGUUAGAUGUUGAUUUUAAUUCAUUCAAAGUUUCAAACUGUGGCUUGGAUGAGCAAAGGGGGGAAAUUAGGAAAAUUUCCUCAGGUACUCAUCGAAAUAGGAAGCAGUCAUCCUCAAGUUCUUUGAAAUGGGUUACUGAUCAAAGUUUCAAAAAGUGCCCAGCGGUUAUGAAGUUCAAUUUCCAAAAGAAAAGAAGAAAGAAAGAUGAAGUUAUGAAGUCAGGUGAUUCUAAGAAAGCUUCAGAUAGUUAUAUGAAUAGACAUCAAACUACUGGUGUAGAUGAAGCAAACAUUGGCCACAAAUUGAAAUUAGAAGAUUGGAACCAUCCCAGAGGAAAAAGGACACGUACAGCUGUGCCACACAAUUCAGUUGGAAGGAAUAAUCAGUAUGCUUCAUGUGCCAAAGAUAAUGCUAUCAAGUGUCCUAUUGGUAAUAAUGCUUUGGUGGAGAUAACAGGACCACAACAAUCUGGCGGAAAAUGUCAGUAUUCAUCUAAAAAGAAACAUUCAAUAAACUUGUUGAUGCAAUAUUCAGGUGGGUCUGGUUCAAUGAGUGUUUCAAAUUGUAAAUCUGCCAUCACUAGUGACAAAGGGAUCUCUAGUGGUCAUGAUGGGAAUACCUCUAGAAAGCUUCAACCUGCAGAUGAUUUGGUUUCAAUAGUAUCUGAUGUUAUGUCAACAGACAGAACAUUAAAUGUAGUACCAAGUAGGAAUUGUGUUGAACUAUACAGGUUUAAGGACAGCAAGAAAGGAAGACAACGAGGCAAGAGCUUGUCUAGAUCAUCCCUUACAAAAGAACUUGUUAGAUUAGGGUAUACAGAGAUGCUACCUGAUUUCAUGCCCAAAGAUUCAAGGAGGGGAAAGGGUCAUGCAAAUGUAAGAGUCUUGCUCAGCCAGAAUUUGGAUGAGAACAUAAUUAGACGGCAGAAAAAGAUUGUGGCACGACUAGGCUUUUCCAUUGCAUCAUGUUGUUCUGAUGCUUCGCACUUUGUAGCGGAUAAAUUUCUGAGAACAAAGAAUAUGCUGGAAGCAAUAGCUAUUGGCAUACCUGUGGUUACACAUUUAUGGCUUGAGAGUUGUGGACAAGCAAGCUCUUUUAUUGAUGAGAAAUUGUUCAUCUUGAGAGAUGAUAAAAAGGAAAAAGAAAUUGGCUUUAGCUUGCCUGUUUCACUUGCUCUUUCUCGCCAGCGUCCCCUUCUGAGAGAUCACAGAGUGUUUAUUACUCCAAAUGUUAAACCCAGUAAGGACAUGAUCCGAAGCUUGGUCAGUGCAGUUCAAGGCCAGGUAGUUGCUGAAACUGAGGAUAUAACUACUCAAGGAGAGAUAAUAGUUGUUUCCUCUGAAGAAGAUUACACAACUUGUGAACCAUUGCUGAAGAAAGGAACUGCAGUUUACAGUUCAGAGCUUUUGCUUAAUGGGAUUGUCACUCAGAGACUUGAAUACGACAGACAUCAGCUGUUCAAAGAUUUCAUGAUUAAAGACUGGCCCAUCUCCCAUCCAAACUAACCCAGAAAUCUUUCAUGUAUCUGCAAAGCAUUGAUGCAAUUCCCGGCCCUGGUAAUCUUGUUUUCGUUUUACUGUUUUUCCGGUAGAACAAACACGUAAAUAUGCCUAUGUUCAGAUCAUCCAUGAUUCCGCAAUAGAACCUGCAAUGUUUUUUUUUGUUCUUUAACUGUGAUUGGAAAAGAAAACUUCACCUCCACUCUGCAUUCAUUUCCUUUCUGAACCAUGCAGCAAGUAACCUCUAGUGUAUACAAUUUCGUAGAGCCAGACAAGGUUGUAUCAUGCUAUUAUUGCCAUUCUUAGAAACAAUGAUAAGUAGCAUAGUAACAAUGUCUUCUUCUUGUAAAGAAUAUGUGUAGUGUUCAUAUAGUCCAUAAUAGUAGUAGGAAUGUAGCAUGUACGAGAUGGUCCACGAAAAUUUGAAGUAUCUAGUGUUCAGAAGACAAGACAAGACAAGAUGCCCAUGUAGUAUCCUGUUAAAAAUAAUAAUUGUACCAUAAGACUAUAGUCU